UUUGUAAAAAACAUUUUCAGUGCAGUUUUUUUUUUUCAAAUAUCAUCCCAUCACUAAUAUUUCAAUUGAAAACUAUUAAACAUGUGAUAAUUGAACAAUAACUUUGUAUGUAUAUACUUCAUUCAUAGUCCUUAAACAAAUAGCAGGGGUAAAUAAACUGAAAUGUUGUUGGAGUAUAUCGAGGCAAAUGUUUCCCUCAUUUGACAGAAAAAUCAAUAAGAGAGAACUAUAUUUAAAAGCAGAUGUUAGUGACCUGAGUAGUACCGCGGUAGCAGCUGGGUCUUAAGGAUCAGAUGGGGCAUAUUGAUCCCAAAUAUUGGACAUCUGUGUUGUUUAAUGUUGCCAAUAACAUUCUUCGACUUAACUAUGAAGUAAAUUGAAUAUUAAUUUACCUCAUUCACGUUUUACGCUUACAGUAUUAAGUAGUUUUUAAUAAUUUAUUUAUAGUAAUAUAUACCAGUGUGUUUAUUCAUACCAAAAUACCCAGAAGAAAUUAACUGUUUUAAACUUGGUGCAAGUUUUUAAACAUAUUUUAAAAUGUUAUUUGAAGAAAAAAGUUGUAUCGAUUCAAAUAAAUACUUUCACUGCACUCGCGAAGUGAGAUACAAUCUGUAAUUCAUCAGUUUCUGCAUGAGACUGUGUUAGUUUUACUGACAAUUUGUAACUAGUACACGUUUCAAAUCAAUCUACAGAAUUAUCUUUUGCCAAGAAAUGUUCCUGCGAACCGUAUAAUAAUACUAGUCUCUCUACUAUGCAAAUGUGCACCGCACCCAUUCGCAUCUAACUGAACAAUGCCUUUUCAGCCUUAAUAACACUAUUCGCAAAAGUGAUUUUAUUUACAUAAAAGAGGAAUUCUAAAUCUCUAAAUAAUAUUAGCAACACCUAACUGCUUUUAUAACUGUGACGGUAUCUAAACGAAAUUUUAAACCCGAUACCAUUGUGAAGAAUAUUAAAUUUGAGAGUUUUAUAUAAAAUACUCAAGUUUUUAAUCAAAUUUUAUCAAAAGUUAUAUGAAAAAAUAGAAAUUACUUAAAUCGUUUAAUACAAUAGUACAAGUUCAUGUUGAACAGUGUCUCUGACUUAAUGUGAAUUUACAUAUUCCAAAAGAACGGUAAAUGUGUUUCUUUUACCUGUGCUGCGAGAAUAUCACAGCUAGUUGAAUGAUAACACAAUUACAUUGUAAUGAGUUUGGUGGUUCGAUAACAUAAACGAGCAAUCCAAAGUCAGUGUUAAACAAUGCGUUACAAUUGGUUAUUGCACAACGGAGCAGACUGGCGGCAGCUGAUCUAGUUUUUAAACUGUAAAAUAAAUUGAAAACGGCCCAAAAUAAUUUUUUUUUGUAAUAAAUUCUAAAUCAUAAUAUAAAUAAAAAUGAUGACCAACUGUGAUAAACGAGUUAUUCAAAAGAAGAUAUUCAGAUAGUCAAUUACCUUGUGACCUGGUUUUGGGACUAAGUCAACAUAAAAAGUGUAUCAGAAUUACCUGCUAACUGGUUUGCUACACAGUAUAGCCAUUAUACAUACAUAAUUUAAUGUACAGUGAGAAAUAUUACAUGACAAACAUGCCGUUACCAAAUAUUCUAAAAAAGGCAAGCAGCUACAUCCUGGGUGACGGAGGCCACGAUUCGCGUGCUACUCUAUACCAGGAUGGCGAGGUAUUGUUUUGCAAAAACAAUGUAUGCGUUCAUCCGCCGACGAUAAUGCGACAGCAUUGCGAUGUCGUACAUCAUCCUGGUUACUUGACGGUGACCUGUAGAUUUGUCAAGAAUGCUACAGCUCCAACGUUGCAUUUGAGUUGGAUACCAAAUAGUACUCUUCGAAAACAUCCAACUACUUUGGAGAAUAAUUUUUCAAAGAAGCUGGAGGGAACUCUAAAAGAACUGGAUCUCGAAUACCAAAGACAGAUUUCUGAAGAAAGCUGUGAUUCUAGACUAGAGUAUGACACCGCACAAGGAAACAUUGACGUCUGCCUCGAAGUCAAAGAACCUGUUAACUGCGGGGACUGUGAACGAAUUUGUUCUGGGGGAUAUUCUAAAGGAAGUAAUAGAUUCUCACAGAAUAGCGACUCUGAUGGUAUUCGAUUGACUUCUGGAUAUAGUGGGAAUUUUAAAGUACAAACCGAUUUUGACCAAAUGGCAGAAAAUGGGCUCAAAACCACCGAGGUCGAUCCCAAAAAAUAUACUGCAAAUGUAGACAUAGAGUGCAGAGAUCAGGACUCGGAGAAUACAAGAGAAAAUAUUAUUAGUUGUACAAAAUCUGUUACUCAAAACCCUUCAAGCUUAGAUAAUGUUAACGCUAAACCUAAGAGUGAAAACUCGGUAAAACAUAGGGAUUCGAGAGAGACAGGUCGAAGUACUGAUCUGCAUUUAAAUAGCAACGAUACAAAAUAUGAACAAAAGAAUCCAAGACAAGAUAUUUCAAGAUCUAUGCAUGCGGUAAACUCAAAAGAAACGAAGAGCAUUCAAUCAAGCGCCAAAAGUAUAGAGUUUGGAAACACUGGACUGUCUAAGACUGAAAUCGACACAGAAAAUAAUGAUGAAAAGGUAUUCACCACGAAUGAAAUAAGAGUACGAGGAUGUGACGACGAUAGCAUCAAGAGCCGAAGUAUGUCAUUAACUUCAACAUGCAGUUUGAAUAUAAUGGCUCCAACCGAUGUUGAAGAAUUUCCGACAUGGAUGAGGUCCCCAGAGCUUUUGGCAUUGCAGCACAACUUGAUGUUUCCUGAAAGUGCUACAGCGUCUCCGGUCACCUUGAGAAGAGCUCAUCGCUGCAGAAGAUUCUCAGCUGACUUGAGCCAAAUGAGGUCGUUGAGACUGUUUUUUUCCGAUCCUGGAUGCACUUGUGGACAGCUGGUUGUUGCCAGUAGGGAAAGUCAGUAUAAAAUACUCCACUUUCAUCACGGUGGAUUGGACCGACUCGCCAGAACUUUGUACCAGUGGCACCAACUUCUGUAUCCAAGAUUGGGAACAGACACAGACGAAGCAUUGCCAUACAGACAAUUCAUGGUCUGCCGCCCUGAAGUAAGUCAGGACGAGUUGCACCCCGAAGAAGGUCAAGUCGCAAUGAUAACUUCACUGGCAUGGAAAGACCUGUUGAACGAACGUGGACAAGUAGAAGAUGACUUGGCGUUGAGGAAGGGGAUAUUUUUUGGUGGUUUAGAACCAGCCCUACGAAAAAUCGUCUGGCCAUUCCUAUUGCACUGUUAUUCUUACCAGAGCACCUACGAGGAGCGUGAACAAGUCGAUUGUAUAAGAAAGGAAGAAUAUGAAGAAAUCAAAAGGCGCAAAGCAAAUAUGAACCCAGAACAGGCGGAGAAUUUCUGGAGAAACGUGGUCUGCAUCGUCGAAAAAGACGUAGUGAGAACGGACAGGGGUAAUCCCUAUUAUGCUGGAGAAGAUAAUCCAAACAUUGAGAUUAUGAAAAACAUUUUAUUGAACUACGCCGUUUACAAUCCGCAAUUGGGAUACACACAAGGAAUGUCUGACCUUUUGGCACCCCUGUUAGCUGAAUUGAAUUCCGAAGCUGAAGCAUUCUGGUGUUUUGCUGGGCUGAUGCAAAGAUCAGUCGCUGUAUGUACGCCAACAGACACAGACAUGGAUAGGAAUUUGUGUUACCUGAGGGAGUUGAUCAGAAUUAUGGUACCCGAGUUUUACGCUCAUUUGGAAAAGCACACCGAUGCUUUGGAGUUGCUGUUCUGCCAUCGUUGGAUAUUACUAUGCCUCAAGCGAGAAUUUCCAACAGAAAUCGCUCUGGUGAUGUGGGAAGCUUGUUGGGUGAAUUACCUAACAGAUCAUUUUCAUUUAUUUUUGUGCUUGGCAAUAAUGUGCGUUUAUGCAGAGGACGUGAUAGCGCAGGAUUUGAAAACUGAUGAAAUGCUGCUGCACUUUAGUUCGCUGGCGAUGUACAUGGAUGGGCAUGUAAUAAUAAGAAAAGCUAGGGGAUUGUUACACCAUUUUCGUCAGUUAGUUCAGUUACCGUGCGCAUUGGCUGGACUUUGUCGACAGUGUGGGCCAGGGAUGUGGGACAGUAGUCAUAAUCCUGUCAUAGAAUGUGUAGGACAUGGAGCAGCGCCAUGCCCUUAUAGCGAAAAUUAUUGAUAGCAAAAACGAGGCACAUCCUAAUGCAUAUGAAUGAAAAUGAUUUAUAACUGCGUAUUAUAUUAGCAGUGGCAAUACUUGAAGACAAGUAAAAUAAGUUUAUGGCUAAAUUGUCGCCCUACUAUCCGCCAAAUAAACGCGAUACAUAUCGUAAUUAAAGUAUGUAUAAGAAUCGAAAAAUAACACCUAAAUAUGUUUAAAACACAUGCAAAACCACAAAUUAGUUUUACCAAAAAUUAUAUGCAUAUUCGUGGAUCCUUGGAAUCCGCAUUUUUAACUUACAAAUUAUCUAAGGCACAGCUAAUCGUUACAGUUGUUCAUUUACGUGGAAACUUUGUUCUCGCAUAUUUAUGUUUUUGUCAGAUAUUUGAUGGAAAGAAGAAUUUCAGCUUAUAGUUAAAAAAAUAAAAACUUCAAUUCUCUCUGAAACAUCUUGGAUUAAU